GUGACACAGUUACAGCAAUCACUAAAAAUACACCUGUUUCAGCAAAACGGAGGCGACAGGUAAACAAGAACCUGACUGAAUAUGUAGUUGAAGAAACAACUGGAGCCAACAUCAUUGAUAAAGUUGAGCUACGCAGGCUGUACUUCAGUGCUUUGGAUCAGUGGCGUACACAGUAAAAUUACCAGUGUAAAAAAUGCAGUGUUAAAUGUUAAUAACUCCCAAAAAGUUGAAUUAACAAUCUACAGUGUUGAUGAGUACACCCUGUCUUUGUAGUUGCAGGGUGCAACAUUAUGUGAUUUUAUUUUUACACUAAAAGUGCAAAAAGACGCGCCAAAUUGUCUUGACUCCACCCUCAACGACUGCCUUGUGGGGCAAUUACGCCAUUUUGUCUGCACGCGACGGAGAAGGAUUAAGGAUGCUCAUUAAAGUGAAGUUCAACCAUGAACAAAAGUUUGUUAAAGUUUCUGGCGCCGACCUGAAACUCUCUGAUUUUCUGGAUGAAGCCUUUGUGAAAUUCGGAAUUCCCGCCUCCAAACGCGCAGAGACCAGGCUCUACGAUUCGUCUUACACAGAAGUGGAUGAGGAUGUUUUCGAGGAGGUUAUAAAGCAGCCAAAUUUAGGCGUUUUUAUUCUUCGAUUCGAAAACUCGUCACAAGAUUUGGCCCAGGUCCCUUCUGUGACAAGUGAAGAAAGCUCAUUGCAGAAUGCAAACUAUGAAUCUGAUGACACCAGUCUUCUAAGUGAUGGAAGUCCUUCAAGAAAGCAACAGAGGGUUGAAGACGAAGCCAGAAUUUUGGUCCAAAAAAUCCUGCAGACUAAACCUGGUGGAGACGCAAUCAUCAGGGAAUACAACAAAACCAAAAGCUUGACUGACAGCACCAGGAGAAAGAUGAUCAAGAUUCUUACUGCAGAUAUGACUGAAAAACACAGCACAUCUCCACCCAGAAAUAUUAGGGAAAUGUAUGCCCAAGGAAUCGUUGCCCUGUUUCCAUAUCUUCGUGAUCCCUACACAAAGAAUGGAUAUGAACAUUAUUAUGACCCUCAAAGUGGACAAGGUUACCUGACUUGGAAAAUAAAGAACAUUCAGAGGAACAGUGCAUCAUCAGAGAACUGUAGACGUUCCUCACAGUCUUUCAGUGGUGGCCCAACUUCGGAAAGAGAGGCUGCAUCCAGCACAGAUGUUAUUCUCACUGAAGAACAGUGUAGAGAAGCAGUUUCUCUAAUGAAACACACCUCAGAAGUGGACACCAUCAAGAUCAAAAUGAAGGAGACAUUUCAGUACCGUCGCAAGAUGAUUCAAGACCCAAACAGAAGCACUGAUGUGUUGACAGAAUUUCCACGCUUCUUGGAUGUUCAAGGCCUGAUUGAACAGGAUUUUGUUUUGCUCUUUGGUGAAAAGACGACUUCUAAGCUUUUAGAAAGGUGGCCAACUACAUUCAUGCACAAAGUUAUUCAGCAAAGCAAAAGUCUUAACUCCUCCCAAGCUCUUCAGGACUUGAUUGACUGUGCCGAAAUGACUGUGAAGGAGAAUGAAAUAGGGGAUGCAGGAUGGAACAGUGACAUUGCUUCUAUUCUUCUUUACUUCAUUUGA